CCAUCCUCCACUUCGGCCACGGGUCUUAUCGCAGUGGGACCAACUGGGUAAUUCCCGGAUGUACAGAAGUCGAUCGAUUUCAAAGCUCGGUUAUUCGAGACUCGCCAGUCGACGAACAACAUGGUUGUAACCGGUUCCCCGUACUUAUACGAGAUGGGCGGGCCCGCCAAGCCGUAUCCCCACAACAGAUCCCCGUGGCCGCUUUUGAUACCCCAUCUUCUCCACACUACCCCGUCCCCGUCUCCGCAACCGAAUCUUCAACCCCAAGCUCCAAGCCCCAACCUUUCCCCGCACAGCAACAAUGUCGAACCUGCAAUCUGCCGAUCCCCACGCUUACCUCAAGUGGCCGCGCUUGAUCAUGUUCAACCUGAACGGAGCGCUGAGUAUCGCCGCUACCGGUGUUUCAGCCCGAUCGUUCGUCGUGCUAAACCAUCAGAAAGCCGAGUUGGCAGCGACCAUCCCAGGCGGGAAACUCCAUGUGACCGAUGUCGUCGCCGUCACCGCGAUCAUGUGUACCGCGGCCGGUCUCGCCUCCAUCUACACCGCCGUCCUCUCAACUAUCAUCACGCUCAAGCUGCAAAAGGUCGAAACGCUCAAGACGAUCCGGAUCAAAUACGCUAUCAUUACCCUGCUCAUGUUAUUCCUGCUCGGAUCAGCUAUCGCUGCUACCGUAAUCAUCGUACCCCGAAGCGCAGGCGCAACCGCCCCAGGGAUCCCUGAUGCGCUCGUCGCCCGGCUCAUUCAGGCUUCGGGGAAGUCGUUGGCGUACAAGGAUUCGUUGGCUUUCCCUACCCUCAUCCUCGUAUGGAUCUGUUUCGGUACGACGACCAUCUGUUUCAUUCUCGCCAUCCUCGCGGCUAGGCACAUCCGCAAGUACGGACCCGAAAACACGACUGUCUCACAUGCCGUCUCCAAGCACAACGCAGAGCACUCCGACGAAGGACUCGUUCAUUCGGACAAGCCGGCGAUGAGCCAUGUCGAGCGAGCUUAGACGCGAGGUUACGGUCGCGCAACAGAAAGUCGGGUAAGGCGAAGGCAAGUUCGAGGCUUUAGUUGUAGGAGAGU